UGCCUUUUCCUGCUCCCAGAGCUCAAAACUAGAACAAAACGAAAUACAAUCAAAGCACUCAAACCAUACCCCAAACGAAGAACGUGCGGAAAGUAGGAGAACUGGAAAAUUUCUGGGCCAAGAAGAUCUGUCUGUCUUCUGUAUAUACCCUGUAGAUCCGAAUUUGUGUAAGGAAUUUUGUGGUCACAAAUUCGUAUCUAGGGGAAUAUGUAGUUGACAUAAACACUCCGCUUACUUUUUUCCCGAAGAAAUUUUUUUUUCUAAAUGAGGACCAUCCGGUGACUGACCAGGCGAAGACUCCUUCCUUUUUUCUCUAUUCUCUUUUUUUCCUCCCUCAACUGGUUAGAGAUUGAGGCAUCAUCUACCUGAAAUCUCUCUAUGCCUGUCCCCCGCGGGAGCCUUGGUCCUUCUUCACUUAAUAGGUUAAUGUUGUUGAUGUUUAUAUUUUAUCCUCCCCCUCAAUUCCCUAUUCUUGGGGGUCAGGGAGGCUUUACUGAAAAUCCGGAAAAAUUAACUCUUGUCUUUAGUGUUCGAAGGCAAAGGAAAAUAACUUUUCAAACGGAUGCUGAGGUCGCCUUUCUGUUUGGGUUCAGAAUAAGGUGCCCUGGAAAUACACGAUUGCCAAUGGGUGGUGGUGCGUGUGUGGGGUCACCUCAAGGGCUCCCAUCCCCAGCAUCACAAGGAUGUGAGAUUUCUGUUCGCUGCGGAAGCGGCUGCGUUAGCGGCAAGUAGAACGUCUGGAUGCCGCGGUUAGCAUUGUCUCGGCGGUUGUGGAAUUAACAGAUUAAUACUCGAUAUGCUCAGAAAGUUCAGGGUUUUUUUUUACUCCAGUGCUCAUAUUCAGUGAGGGAAACCAAGUCGUUUCUUACAGCUUGGGCCAUGUGGUGUAAGGGGAGGAGUGGACAGGAGAAGGAACAGACGGACUGACUGACACAGCCAAACUAAUAGCGCGGCUAAAUGCGAUUUGGAAGGCAAGGUCUCCCCGAAUUAGUGCAUGAAUUUCCUAUCGAUCCGCCCGCGCUUCCAUUCAUCUCUGACAAGUCCCUCCGUGCACCCGCCUGCUUGCUCCGGAGGCUGCUGUUACUCUCCUCCCCACACGGCUGCAGAGAAAAGCCUCGCGCUCAGCGCCUCUCGUCCCCGAGUGGUUUCCCCUCUCUCUAGUCGGAGCUCCUGUCCGCCCCUUCCUUAACUCCCCACGCGGGAGCCGGGUGCCUGGGGCUCCCUCCAGUAGCAAGGAGGGGAUAGGGGCCUCUGUAAGGCAAAGAACGCUGGGCAGAGGUGAGGCUGGACAGGAGGGGCUGUCACCAGCUCCAACUCCUGCGGGGAUCCAGGGAUGGCGCUCUGCCCCGCGCCCCAACAGGCCCUCGGGGGCAACCUGCUCCCUCUCUCUCUCUCUCUCUCUCUCUGAACUCGGAGAGAGCCGGGUGAGGAGCCGGUCCCCCCGCAGGAGCUCUGUGUAAAUCCUGGUGUGUGCUGAGUGGGUGGGGAGGGGGAAGAGAAGAAGGGGAAAUAAGGCUCUUUGGAUGGAGUAGGGUCCGGGUGAGCAGAUUUCCUUAUCCGGGAAUCGCAGGCGGGGCGGCCAUUGGCUCCGAGGAUCACGUGGGCCCCUAACUUUGUUCACUUGACAGUAAGUAGGAGGGCUUUCGGAAACAGGAAAACGAGUCAGGGGUCGGAAUAAAUUUUAGUAUAUUUUGUGGGCAAUUCCCAGAAAUUAAUGGCUAUGAGUUCUUUUUUGAUCAACUCAAACUAUGUCGAUCCCAAGUUCCCUCCUUGCGAGGAAUAUUCACAGAGCGAUUACCUACCCAGCGACCACUCGCCUGGGUACUACGCCGGCGGCCAGAGGCGAGAGAGCAGCUUCCAGCCAGAGGCGGGCUUCGGGCGGCGCGCGGCGUGCACCGUGCAGCGCUACGCGGCCUGCCGGGCCCCCGGACCCCCGCCGCCUCCGCCGCCGCCCCCACCGCCCCCGCCACCGCCCGGGCUGUCCCCUCGGGCUCCCGCGCCGCCUCCCUCCGGGGCCCUCCUCCCGGAGCCCGGCCAGCGCUGCGAGGCGGUCAGCAGCAGCCCCCCGCCGCCUCCCUGCGCCCAGAACUCCCUGCACCCCAGCCCGUCCCACUCCGCGUGCAAAGAGCCCGUCGUCUACCCCUGGAUGCGCAAAGUUCACGUGAGCACGGUAAACCCCAAUUACGCCGGCGGGGAGCCCAAGCGCUCUCGGACAGCCUACACUCGCCAGCAGGUCUUGGAGCUGGAGAAGGAAUUUCACUACAACCGCUACCUGACCAGGCGCCGGAGGGUGGAGAUCGCCCACGCGCUCUGCCUCUCCGAGCGCCAGAUCAAGAUUUGGUUCCAGAACCGACGCAUGAAGUGGAAAAAAGACCACAAGUUGCCCAACACCAAGAUCCGCUCAGGUGGCACCGGAGGCGCAGCCGUAGGGCCCCCUGGCCGGCCCAACGGAGGCCCCCCCGCGCUCUAGUGCCACCGCGAACUUUGGGGCAGGGGUGGGUUGCGAGCGCGGGGUAUCGUGGAGGGAGAUGCGGGAUGGGACCCUGGGGCCUGGGCCCCAGAAACCUACCUGCCCUCCCCCUACUCUAUUUACACGAAUAAAC